ACAAUUAUUUGAACUUUUGAGGUAUCAGCAACAGUGACUUACAGAGCAGAAGAAGUCAUUGGGUUUGGAGCUGAUGAUCAUAAGGUAUAUAUUCUGUCCCCGGACCUUCUUACUCCAUAUCCGCGCGCUGCGCUUCCCAAUUUUGCCCCUUUGCCAUCAUUCAAUCCUCUUCCAUCAACAAUAACCCCUCUAACCUCUGCCACAGACAACUAUAACCACAAACACAAACACACCACAUCACCACCACCCACAAUGUCCACCACUACCGCCGCCCCCCUAACACGCACUCUCAUCUCCUCCAACAAGCUGUCCCCAACCCUCCGCCAAAUCGGCAAAAACGCACCCAAAUCCAUUUCCAAAACAUCUCCCUCCUCAUCCAAACCAGCCUUCGUCCAAAAACCCUGGCAAACCUCUCCCCCUCCCACCCCAACCUCCUACUUCCGCAUAACACUCGCACGUUCUGCAAUUGGUCUCCCCAAGAAAUCCUCGCGCGUGUUGAAAUUUCUCGGCCUGCACAAACGAACAGCUUCUGUGUAUCAUCCUGUUUCUUCGGAUAUAGCGGGUCAGAUUAUGAAGGUUAAGGAAUUGGUGACGGUAGAGGAGACGAAGGAGAGGAUGAGUAAGAGGCAAGAGAGGGAGAGGAGGAGGCCGGAAGCGGGUUUCUUUGUUGAGAGGGCGUUGCAGGAGGAGGUGAUGGUUUGAAGGAGUGGGAAGGGAUACGAAACGGGAAUUCAGGAAUGGAGAUGCUGUCGGAGAAUAGGAUGCAAAGGUCAGGGGAGCAGAUUAGGAUUGUGAUGCAAGGAUAAAAGGGCGACACCAUAUAUGAACCUGCAUGCGCUCAUUGAGCAUAGAAGGCUAGUUUGUUCACAUCAAGAUGGCGGCGAUUGAAAUAGGGAUUAUCUUCAUUGUACGAGGAAUUUAGACCAACACUAGCCAAUAAUACCACUCAAGAUACUUGUUCUCAAACAGUUGCG